CGAAGGCGAUCUGAAGCAAGAGUUCAUCCUGUGGCCAGCCGGUCGCCUAAUCGUCUGUACAGCUAGUCAGCAGAAGCGAGUUGGGGGGAGUGGAGAAGAGCGUUGGUCGAACAGAUCGAUAAUCCGCAGGCAAGAUGGCGUCCCUCAUCGCCAUUGUCGACAUCAAGGGCAAGUCUCUCAUUCAACGAUCAUACAGAGACGAUGUAGCUCCAGCUGCUGUUGAGCGCUUCUUGCCGCUCUUGCUGGACAUGGAAGAGGAUGCAGGAGGUAGCGCAGUUGCUCCGUGCUUCUCGUCUGAGGGAAUCAAUUACAUGUUCAUUCGGCAUAACAACCUCUAUUUGCUUGCCUUAUCAAGACGGAACAGCAAUGCCGCAGAAAUUCUCAUCUUCCUUCACAAGUUGGCAUCGGUCCUGGAAGAAUAUUUCAAGGAGCUGGAGGAGGAGUCGAUCCGGGAUAAUUUUGUCAUCAUCUACGAGCUCCUCGAUGAGAUGAUGGACUUUGGAUACCCGCAGACAACAGAGUCCAAAAUCCUUCAAGAGUACAUCACGCAGGAGUCUCACAAGCUAGAAGCGCAAGUACGACCACCCAUGGCAGUGACAAACGCAGUUUCGUGGCGAUCGGAAGGCAUCAGGUACCGCAAAAAUGAAGUAUUUUUGGACGUCAUCGAGUCGGUCAACUUGCUGGUUAAUGCGAAUGGUAACGUCGUACGCAGCGAGAUUCUUGGCUCCGUCAAGAUGAAGUGCUACCUUAGCGGCAUGCCUGAGCUUCGCUUGGGGCUGAAUGAUAAAGUCAUGUUUGAAACCACUGGAAGAACUGCUCGUGGCAAAGCGAUCGAAAUGGAAGAUGUCAGGUUCCACCAAUGUGUGCGCCUUGCUCGCUUCGAGAAUGAUCGAACGAUUUCAUUCAUCCCACCAGAUGGAGAGUUUGAGCUCAUGUCGUAUCGUCUCAGCACCCAGGUCAGACCUCUGAUCUGGGCAGAAGCCGUCGUCGAGCGCCAUGAAGGAAGCAGGAUAGAAUUCAUGGUCAAGGUAAAGGCGCAAUUCAAGAGGCGAAGCACCGCGAACAACGUCGAGAUCAGCAUUCCUGUACCGGAUGAUGCCGACUCUCCAAAGUUCAGAGCGGCGGCUGGUUCGGUGCACUACGCCCCUGAGAAUUCUGCUAUGGUUUGGAAGAUCAAACAACUUGGGGGCGGCCGUGAAUUCAUGAUGCGCGCCCACUUCGGACUACCAAGUGUCAAAAAUGACGAAAAUAUCGACAGGCGAACGCCCAUCAGCGUCAAGUUUGAAAUUCCUUACUUUACCGUCUCCGGCAUCCAGGUUCGAUACCUCAAGAUCGUCGAAAAGUCGGGCUACCAAGCUUUGCCUUGGGUGCGGUACAUCACCCAGCACGGAGAAUACGAUCUGAGGACCCAAAGCGAAAAAGCUGCAGGCGUUCGGUUGGCGCCGAUCGAAGGUUGAGUCGCGCAUUGCCUUUCGGAGAUUGGGAUUCGCCAUCCCCGAUGUAUUAUUCGCAGAUCUCUCGUCCAAUACGAAUGAGAUGGGUAUUGCUGCACUUGCUCAUCCA